GCCGGCUUGCUCCAGUCUCCUCCGAAUGUGCUCGCCAGUAUUCAAUCGGAUGUUUGCCUCAGGUAUGAGGGAGGCACAGUCGGGGACGGUGCAGGUUGAAGUUGCGACAAAGGAAGAGUUUGAGGUCUUCUACAACCUGCUGAUCCCUGGUGCAUUCCGCCCGAAAAAGGUGACAGAGGACAACGUGGACUCACUCCUGACCAUUAGCGAAUACUACCAAGUGGGUUUCCUGAAGAUUGCCUGCCGCGAGACGCUCCGAAGCCUCCCAGCCACGCCCGAGCGACUCAUCCAGGCAGAGCAGACGGGCUUGGAGGACUUCCUCCCGGAUGGUUUGUAA